AUGACCGUGAUGGAUGGCGAUGAUAUGCAGAGACUAUGGUCUCUCAUCGAGGACCUCACCAACCAACUUCAGGCCAAUCGCCAGCUCUGCGAGUCUCUACAACAGCAGGCGGAUCAGCUGCGCGGCCAGGCCAUCCACUCAGGCACAGGCUUUGCGCUACGCCGAUUCAACACCGACCUGUCCAAGGAGAAAUUCGAGUCCGAGCUCGAGGCGCUCAAUGCUCACCUCGUCAAAGAGAACCUUGCUCUGUCCCAGGAAAACAAGCAGCAAGCCGUGCUGCUCCGCGAGUAUGAAAACACGCUCGAAACCGUCAUGUCCAAGUUCCGCAGCUUCUCACAUUCCACCCAACAGCACACUUUGCAACUCACGCAGCACUAUGAAUCGCUUCUUGCACAAACCACGCACGCUGCGGCAGAACAGACGCUUGCUGCAGAGACUGCCUUUAGCGGCACAUUGACGCAUUUGGGCGGGCUAGUCAGGAGGGCGAUGCAGUCUAUGGAUGGAGAAGUCAGCGACGAGUCCGAGUCCGACGAUGAAGACACCGAUGGUGCGUCAUCACAACGCAAACCCAAGCGUGGCUGGGUGCAGGAUCCCAGAUGGUACGGCUCGGGUGGAUACACGGGCAAGACGACCGAUCCCGUCGCCUUGCGUGCCGAUGCGGCGCUCGAACAGCUGACAGAAGAAGAAAGGCUCCGGAUGGAGAACGACACCCUGCGGGAACUGCUUGGCUUGAAGGAAAAGAGCGACGCAUUGGUCUCAACAGCAGCCGGCGCCGGGAACGCUACUUCCUUCGAGUCGACCCACGCUGCUGCACCAACGCCAAUAUCGCAAGCUGAGCGACGUGCCUCCUUGACCGUCGACGAAGCUGCCAUCGCAGCAGAGGCAAGCGGCCAGCCGCCUUACAAAGCACUUCAAGUGUCGACCACGGCACGGUCUGGGGAAGAAAGCUUGGAGAACAAAGCCCUCUCGCCUUCUUCCCGCGCCUCACCCAAGAUCACACCCAUCCUUGGCCGCAAAGACCAGAUCAUCGAAGAGGCGAUCCUUGCCGACGACGAAAACGAAACAGGGCGCGGGCGAAGAGCAAGCGAUCCGAACGUGCUGGUCUAUGAUGACGGCGCCGGUUCUUUGGCCCCCUCAGCCACCGCUUUGCUCCCGCAAGUCUUUGCCGCGGACGAUGCCGAGACAGCACCAUCAUCGAUUGAAGAGCUUCGCGCCGCGGCGUCGCCGGCAGAACCAGCACCGCAAGCACAUACCACGCUGCCGACUCAGUCUGCGAGCGGAGCAGCGGCCGCCGCCUCGGAUGCUGACGAAAUCACGCCGAUCGACGAGGUCGACCUACCUACGUCCGCCGAACCUGCCACGAGCGCGGGACCAAACAUGCUGGCCGAGGCCGCUCCCCCUGCGCUUGUCUCGACAGGAAUCGAAGAAGGUGACGCGAUCUCUUCCAAGACGACUGUCACGUCGGCAUCCGGUAUCGACGUGACCGAGACAGCCGCACCAUCCGUUUCGCCGCCGACUGCCGCGGCCGUAAGCGAUUCAGAAGACUCGUCGGCAUCCGAGACACCUUCAUCCUCGUCUUCGACCGACACCAGUGCUUUGUCAAGUCUUGUUGCCGAGGAGGAAGCCAAGACGAAGCCUGCAGACCUGUCGAUCUCUGCAGACGAAGGAGCGCCGCCAGCCGACAGUGCCGAAGGUGAUUUCCAGCCCAUCGUUGCCACAACGACAGAAGCCUCCUCUGACGAAAGCUCUGAGACCGGAGCACAGGAAAGUGUACUUCCUGCGGAACCUGCGAAGGCAGACAACGCAAGCGUCUCUCCUCAAACCGCCGCCGACGUCAACCUUCUAACCGAUGCGUCCGAGUCUGCCACUCUUACCGCGAUCACGGAAGAGGAAACUACGCCGCAAGACAAGGCAGAGAGCGCUACAGCGAGCAAAGAUGGAAAGACAGGGGCGAGCAAGACUGCUCCCGCGACGCCGCCGACGCCAAGUCAAUCGAAGCAGGGCAACAAGAACGGCUCGGCGACGCCGGGCAAGAAGGGAGGCAGGGGACAUCGGGGCAAGGGAAACCGACACAACAAGUCGAACUCGAACGCUUCCAACAAGAGCUCUUCAUGA